CAUGGCUUCGUCCGGCUCCUCCAGCACCUCAAGCGGGCCCGUCGCCACAGGAUCUCGAAGGAGGCGGCUCGUUCUGAGGCUGAGCCAGAAGGACGCCCUGCAAGCGCUCUUUCAACGGAACCCCUACCCUGGGAUAGCGACCAGAGAACGGCUGGCCCGGGAGCUUGGCAUUGCCGAAAGCAGAGUUCAGGUCUGGUUCCAAAACCAACGCAGAAGACGGUCAAAGCAGAGCCGAUCGCCGCCGUCUGAAUAUGUGCACCGAGAAGGGGAAGCGGGGCCAACGUCCACGCCCACGCCACCGUCGCGCCCGCCUCGACCUCAGUCUUCCUCUCCAGGAGACUCGGCCCGAGAGGCCCGGAGAAAGAGGACUGUCUCCCUCCUUCCGAAACAAGGAUUUUUGUGCAAGUUGUGA